AUGCGCCUCGAGCCUCGCGGACAAGAGCAGAAAAGCCAGCGAAGCAAAGUGGACGCAAAGAAGCGCAGAGGCGGCGGAAACGGAGCGGCGGAAAAAGUAAAGAAUACCGAAAAAGGAAGCGUACCCAACCGCCAAACCAAAGUUAGCGGCUUUCGAAAACGUGGAGAAAAUACACCAGGCCCCUCACCGGAGGGACUUUCCCAAAACGGAAGCAAAGAACAUCCAUGCGCACUCCAUACAUGUCUUUAUCAAUAUUCGCUCAGCGAUAAGAUGAGGCAUGCGGCUAUAAAGGCGAGAAAUCCGGAAAAAACAUCUGGACUCUAUCUGGUCAUCUAUCUGGUCAAAUCCACUGAUCUGCCAAAUCCACUGAUCAAUCUGAUCAAUCUACUGAUCUAUCUACCAUCUACUGAUCUAUCUACAUCUACAUCUACUGAUUUACUAUCUACAACUACUACUUCUGAUCUAACCUACUGA